UAUUCCAAUAAUUUUUUUUUGUCCAAAUUUUAUCUAAAUUCUCGAAAAGUUGACUCAUUUUUCAUUGUUUGGUUUCAAUAAAAAAUAUUCUUAUCAGCGAUAUCAAUAUGAAAUUUAAUCUUUAUUCUAGUUCAAAAUUAAGCCAUUCUGGCUAUGUAAGUUGCGCCAUUUGGAUUAAUAAUGAAUUAGUUCUUACUUGUGGUGAUGAUCGAAAAUUAUUAUUCUGGCAUAUAUUAACACAUACGGAACCAAUAAAAACAUUAACAUUGCCGACCGAUGCAAUACCAACGACUAUGCAUUACUAUCCACAUCAUGGUUCAUUUACAUCUGAUUCAUCAAUGUUAAAUUUAAUUAAAAUUGAUUCCAGUUCCAAUAAUUCAUUGGCUAUAGGAACUACAAAUGGUUGUUUCUAUUUAUUACCAAUCAAUUGGAAUGGAACCAAAUUAGAUCGAACGUUUGAGGCACAUAAAGGAGCAAUUAUUGUUAUACGUUGGUCAAAUGAUAAUGGUUCUACACUGGCCACAACCGGCGAAGAUGGAUUAGUGAAAAUUUGGUCAAAAGUAGGAAUGCUUCGCUCUACAAUUCAAGUUUCUAAUACAUCACCAGUGUAUGCUUUGUCAUGGUCACCGGAUAGUAAUUCAUUGGCUUAUGUCAAUCAGGCUAAUCUCGUUAUCAAAUCUCUUUCACCUCAAUCCAAAGCUUUAGAAUGGAUGGCUCAUGAAGGUGUUAUUAUUAGUAUCGAUUGGUCGCCAUUGAAUAAUCGAAUAUUGACAGCUUCAGAAGAUGGUCGUAUUAAAAUUUGGGAUACAACUGGUCGAAUGAUUUAUGUUAGCGGAAAACAUUCAUCUGCAUUGACCUCAGUAGCUUGGUCUUCGGACGGUGAAUUAUUUACUGCAUCAACAUUCAAUUCAUUGGAACUUCAUGAUCAAUUUGGUCAUUGUUUAUCAAUGGAAAAACUAUCAAUGGAAGGACUGGUUUCUAUAUCAUGGUCUCCUGAUAUUCAACAAGUUUGUUGUGUUUGUUCAAGUGGAAGAGUUUUAUUCGCUUCUGUUGUGGAUCGAAUAUUGGAAUCAAAAUUCUGGCAAGCAACCAAUAUUUCUAGACGUUCAUUGAAGGUCAACAAUACUACAAAUGAAUUUCAAGAAAUUCUUGAAUUCAAAGAUCCAAUGCUGAAAUUUUCCUUACAAUUCGAUCAUUUGAUUGUUGUAACAAAAAGUCAAUGUUUUAUCUAUAAGAUAAACAAUUUUGCUACACCUUAUCAUUUUGAAAUGAAAUCCGAUGAUUUAAAUCGAUUAAUGAUAAAACAAUCACAUAAAUAUUUUGCUCUGAUUAAUUUAUCAGCUGCAAAUUUAUAUUCCUAUGAUGGAAGAUUUCUUAAAACAAUUAAACUUUUCAAUAUGCGUCCAGAAUCUUUACUUCCAAAUCAUGUCAGUAUGAAUGAUCAUAUAAUAGCAUAUCGAGAUUCAAUCAAUAUACAAAUGAUUCAUUUGAUUGAUCUAGAAAAUCAAACAAAAAUUGUACAAAAGUCAUCUGGAAUAAUUGGACAAUCUACUGAUCAAUAUCAACAUCAAUUAGCAAUUAUAAACAUUAAAUUGAAUACUGAACAAUAUCGAUAUAAAUCAAGUUCAAGUAAUGAAGAUGUUCAUCAUUUAUGCGCCAUAUUGGAUAGAAAUUCGGAUCUUUAUAUUUUAUCCUGGACACAGAACAAUGUUAAUUCGGUGCUAAAUAGUAUUAAAUCAUUUAAAUUAUCACCAAUGAUUCGUGAUAUUUGUUGGCAUGUUGAUUAUAAUCUUUUAGUAUCGCUACAUGAAAAUCAGAAAAAUUUAUCCAUUUGGUUACAUCCGAAUGCCGUAUUUAUGGAUUCAAGUCUUUUACAAGAUGCUAUACUAACAUUGUCGAGUCAGGAAAUUUCUUCAAAUAGUCGAAUUGUUGAAUUUAGUCAGAAUCGUAUUACGAUUGAACGACAAGAUCGUUUGAAAAUUUAUAUGACUGUUAAUCCAUUUGUAAUAUUGUUACAUAAACAUAAGAUUGAUAAUCGGCUGGAUGAAGCCGUGAGAAUGUGUAAUUUUUUGGAUAAAUCUAUUCACGAAAUUGAACCGGUAGAACGUAAUGUUCGCGAUUCAUUAUGGGCAACUUUAGCGGUCAUGAGUUUAGAACAGAAACAAUUUAGGAUUGCGGAAGUUGCCUAUGCUGCAAUCAAUAAAUUAGACAAAGUUCUCUAUCUAAAUCGUAUAAAAACUUUAAAAUCGCAGGAACUGAUCACAAUUGAAUCCGAAUUACUUUGCGGCAAUUUCGAUUUGGCUGAAAAUUUGUUGAUACAGAAAGGAUAUUUUCUGCGUGCAAUUUAUCUUCAUCUUCAAUUACAGAAUUGGAUAAGAGCGAUAGAUUUGGCUCAGAAAUUCAAUUCAAAAUUUCCAAGUUUUUCAAUCAAAAUCAGUAAAAAAGUGAAUAGUGAACAGCAAGAAAAUGAACAGGAACCUAUUAAUUUGGAAGAUCCCAAUGAAAUUAAAGUGGAUUUGAUUCAUAUGGUUAUUUCUUGCUGGGAAAAACAUUGUCGAAAACAACAAAAUAGCAAAUAUAAACAGCAAACAAAGUCGGAACAAUUACAAAAAUUGGCUAAUGAAAUUGAUUAUAUUGUCGAUUGGAGUCUUAUUGAAGAAAAAUUACAGCAAGAUUCAUUUCUAUACAGUCAAAAUUAAUAGUUGGAUAGUUUUUUUUAUUUAAAUAAAAUAUAAUUCUUAUAUAUCUGAUUCUGUGUACUGUUAUUUAAUGACGAGU